UAAACCGACGAGGAGCACAGACAGGGGGAGCUGGAUCUUACGGGGAAACACGAAUCAAUGUAACACCGUCUCUCUGGCUGCAAGGGGGAGGCUGCAGGGGGGGAACAGAUUUUCACAGGGGAACAGAAUUUCGCACAAGACCGGAAUAGAAAAGACGUCGGACAAAGCCUUCAUACAUGCUAAAAGGAAGUAACCGAGAGAGCCCAUUUUAUUCAGUUAUGUCUAGUUUUCGUUAAAUUAAGUGUUAGAUCAACUGCGACAUGGAAGAUAUUUCUCAGGAACGUUCUUUAGGUGCGCCUUUCUCUCUCUCCGCUCUGCGUCUCCUGGUGCCGCCUCUACGCCUGGCCUCUGCAGCGAUCUGGCAGACCGUCCAGCAGAAGGUUGUGGCUGACUACGGCAUCCUGGAGGAAUUUGUUUCUUUGGUUACCGACACAAUUCCAGAGCUGCUUACCAGUCGGCAGAGGGCCCAGCUCACUCUGGGUCUGAGAGCACGGUUGAUCUUGGAUUUAUGCCAACGGGAAACUGCGCCUGACUGCGAGCUUGUUGAACCACAUUUGAACAGGAUGGAAGUCCUCAUCGGGUCAUGGCUUGAAGAGGUUGGUGGUCCAAAUCCAGAAGUGUCCCACUUGGACUUUGUGGAUCUGGUUAAGAAGCUACUGGGAAGCCCUGAUGAGAGAGAACGCUUCUUUCAGCAGAGUUUCCGUGAAGAUUUUGGUGCAAAAUAUGACAAAGCCGUCGAUGCCCUGAUGUGGUUGUUUUUGACUAGACUUGAAAACAUCCUUCCUGUUCAAACUUUCCAUCAGGUUGCAUCCGUGUUCGGGGAGGUUUCAUGUGUCUUGGCAGAAUAUGUGCAGCCUGUGUCUCAGUGUGACGAGCUCAAAAACCUCCUGCAACAUCACAAAGACCUCAGUCGACUGCAUCGCAAUGAUAUUUCUCUUGAUGGUUCCUGUAUCAUCUCUGCCCUCAAACUUCCUUCUCUAAAAUCGAGCAAGACAUCUGAAAGUAAAACAGAAGUUGAUGUUGUGGACUGUGUCCCAUCAUGCCCAUCACCUAUGGAAGAAGACUCUUCACCAUUACUCGAAGCAUCCCAAAUGGAAAAUGGAACACAGCUUCCCAAGAAUGAAAAUCAAACUGAGAAGAACGUGGGUGACGUCCUUGAAGGUCCAGGGAAGGCUGCGUCUCGCGUCGUGAAGAAGCGUAAAGUUCCUGGGAAAAAACUAGAGGAACCAACGAUCACAAUCUCUCGCCCCGUGAGGGCUAACAGGGGAAUGUUAAUGAAGAAGAUUCUUGAGAAGGAGAAAAAGGAGCUACGGGAUAAAACCCCACCGGACAAAAACCCCGCUUCCAGGAAAACCAGACAAUCCAACAAGACUCCCUCUUUACUGACUGAUAAGCAAGAGUCUGUUCGCUCCAGCAAAUUGUCUCCGCAUAAGUCUCCUGUAGCCACAUGCAGUGAGGAUGACUCCUGGUCGUACUACUCGGAGAAGUCUUGCCAAGACGAUCUCAGUAAUGCAGAUUCCUGGUCUUACUACUCAGACGACGAUGGUUCAUUUGCAACACCUGUCAGCAGUCCCGCUGAAAAUGAUUCAUUUUCUAGCUGCUCUAAUGCGCACACUCCUGAAAACAAGUCCUCUCCAUCCCCAAAACCGAAACGGUCCAAUACGAAAGCCAGCACUCCAAAAAAGACUCGGAAUUUCGUGUGUUUCAUUUGCAAAGAGCAGGUGAGCAAAAAGCUGCGAGCUCACAUAAAAAACCACUUUCCCGACAAAGACUACAGCUGCCCCCAAUGUGGCACCAAGUAUAAACUCCUCUCUUCGCUUGAGAGACACUUGAAAAAGACCUGCUUCGAGUACCACCUCAAGAAUGUAGAUCCCACCAAGCCGGAGGAAACCCAGAACCUUUCCAAGUGCGACAAGUGUGGAGUUGCAUUUCAGUACAAGAUUUCCUUACAAAAGCACCUGCUCACACACCACGAGCUCUACUGCAGUGUGUGUCGGACGGUGCUGCGAGACGGGGAAACGUUGGCCCGACACAAAACGGCGCACACACCGUUUCAGUGCACCCGCUGUGACCAGACCUUCACCGUUUUCAAGCACUUGGUUAGGCAUUUCGAAAACACCCACCAAAUGAGCAAACCCUUCAAAUGCAAUCACUGUCCAAAGAUUUCACCGAAGCUCAAUGCUUUGAUCAGACACGAAUGGCAGCACACAGGUCAUCUACCCUUCCAGUGUGGCCAGUGCAGUUUGAAGUUCAAGUCAUUCUCAUAUCUUUUGUCCCAUGAAAAAGUCCACAAAGGGGAGAAACCCUGCCUGUGCUCGGAAUGUGGAAAGACUUUUGCCCACAGAUCCAACCUGUACCGCCACAUUAGACUCAUCCACAGUGCUUCUAGAAAUGAGAAGAAUUAUUCUUGCUCCCAGUGCGAGAAGAUCUUUAAAGAAAAGGCCACCCUGAUAAGACAUCAGAGGACCAAGCACCUCCAGCAACUGUUCCGCAGGGAGUGCCCCUACUGCAGUAAGAUGGUCGCUCCGUCAACAUUGGCAAGGCAUAAAAUGAUGCACAUGGGACAGAGCCCCUUCAAAUGCACCACCCCUGAUUGCGAGAGUGCCUACAGAACUGCUUCAGAGCUGAAGAGGCACGUCCUUUUACACCACACCAAUGAGCGACCUCACAAAUGCGACGUCUGUGGAAAGGGCUUUGUACGCCUCGGCGAUCUCAACUUGCACGCAAAAAUCCACACUAAGGAAAGACCGUUUGUUUGCCACAUCUGCGGAAAGGCUUUCCUCAAGUCCUACAGCAUGUUCAGACAUAAAAGGCUUCUACACUCAUCUGUGCCGGAUUAGAGUAAAAUUGUAGAAACGCUUGAAAGAAAGCAGUGAAAAUGUUAUGAAGCAAAUGCAAAUAUUGAGAAAAAUGUGUGUACCCAACAGCAGGUGUACCGUUGUCGGACGGAUCGAAAUGUUUUGGAGAUGAACUUUUUACAGUACUAUAUACGAGGCUCUGCGGUAAGUAAUACUGGACCAAAGAGUGGCAACAUUUUUUUUCACAAACUGGUGUUGGAUGGUGAAACUCCUUUUGUGCAGCUUGAUGUAGAUUGUAACUGAUUUUGCGCUCUAAGGAGAUUACAAUUGGUAUUGAAAUUUCCUGACACGCCUUUGCUGAGAAAUAAAACAGUAAUUGCACAAGAAA